UCGCUGUGCUGUGCGGACCUACCAGCCAACUCUCUCCUCUCCUUCACUGCAUCUCUUCAUCUCUCUCCCCUCCGGUCCUCCGGUCUCUGCUAUGACAGCUCACACCAGAAGCGUGUUGCCCGAUCUCAGACCGACCACCCGUCACCGGUUAUCCUGUCCACACGUCAGCAUGGACAUGUGUGUGCGGGGUGUUCGUGAGUGAUCUCCAGGUGUCUUUUUUUUUAAUAAAAAAAAACGAAAGGGAAAGGAGGAGGGGGGCUGCCGUCCUCCUUCACCCCCCUCCAGCUUCCUUCAACCAAGCAGAGCCACCAAGGUGGGGAGCAAGGCUUAAACAUUAAGCCAGCUGGGAUUUAUUUAACAGCAGAAUGACGGAUUUGGGAGCACCGGACAUGCUGCUGGUGGGGAGGAGGCUCAGCGAGAAGAACACCGGCCGGUUGAGACGCGACCUCCCGCUUCUCCUCCUGCUGGGGCUUCUCUUCGGGGAUUUCUCCUCGUCCAAGGCUGAAUCUUGCGGUGGUGUGGUCCAAGGACUGAAUGGCACCAUAGAGUCUCCGGGUUUCCCUCACGGCUACCCCAACUACGCCAACUGUACCUGGCUGAUAAUAACCGGGGAGAGGAACCGAAUCCAGCUGACCUUCGUCACGCUGGCCCUGGAGGAAGACUUUGAUAUUGUAUCAGUUUACGAUGGACAACCGUUGCCUGGCAACUUAAAAAUGAGGUUGUCAGGAUUCAUGCAGCCCUCGCCUUUAGUCAGCAGUGGAUCCAUUUUGGCCUUGUGGUUUACCACAGACUUUGCUGUCAGCGCACAGGGCUUCAAAGCUGUAUACGAAGUCUUGCCCAGCCACACAUGUGGCACGCCGGGCCUCAUCCCAAACGGGGUCAUUCAUGGAUCGCGGUACAACAUGGGGGACAAGAUACGAUACAGCUGUGAGUCCGGUUUUGUGUUGGAAGGACACAGUAUCCUCACGUGUAUUGUUUCAGCUGGCAGUGGAGCACAGUGGGACUUCCCGUCACCAUUCUGUAGAGCGGAGGGAGCGUGUGGCGGUACGUUGCGAGGCACCGCGGGUUCAAUAGCCAGCCCUGGGUACCCUGCAGAGUAUGACAACAACCUGGACUGCACGUGGUCCGUCCUGUCGGAACCCGGGGAUACCAUAGCUCUCGUCUUUAACGACUUCUUAUUAGAGGACAAGUAUGACUUCCUGGAAAUCAGCGGGACAGAGGCACCGAGCAUAUGGCUGACUGGUACAACCCUGCCCUCUCCGGUGAUAUCAAACAAGAACUGGCUUCGGAUACAUUUCACCUCGGAUAGCAACCAUCGAAGAAAAGGAUUCAGUGCUCAAUACCAAGUGAAAAAGGCAAUAGAGCUAAAGUCCAGAGGGGUGAAGAUGAUGCCCAGUAAAGACACCAGUCACAAGAAUGCCGUCUUGAGUCAAAGUGGUCUUGCUGGUGAUGUAUGUCCAGAUCCUGGAGUUCCCGAAAAUGGCAAGAGGAUGGGCUCAACCUUCCAAAUUGGAGCCAGCGUCCAGUUCAGUUGUGAUGACAGCUAUGUACUACAAGGAUCUAAAAGCAUCACCUGUCAACGGGUCACUGACACUCUGGCUGCCUGGAGCGACCACAGACCCAUAUGCAGAACUCGCACCUGUGGCAGCAAUCUCAGAGGGCCCAAAGGGGUCAUAACUUCUCCUAACUACCCGGUUCAAUAUGAGAACAAUGCACACUGUGUGUGGGUCAUCACUGCAAUGGAGUCUGGCAAGGUGAUAAAGCUGUCCUUUGAAGAGUUUGACCUGGAAAGAGGAUAUGACACACUAACUGUGGGAGAUGGAGGGAAAAUAGGAGACACUCGCAGAGUCCUCUAUGUACUUACAGGUUCCACUGUCCCUGACCUCAUCGUUAGCUUGUCCAAUCAGAUGUGGCUCCACCUGCAGUCGGACGAUACGAUCGGCUCGGCGGGUUUCAAAGCAGUCUAUGAAGAGAUCGAACGGGGAGGCUGUGGCGAUCCCGGCGUGCCGGCAUUUGGUCGUCGUAGCGGUGAUCGCUUUCAACAUGGCGACGUGUUGACCUUCUUUUGCCAGUCAGCCUUUGAACUAGUGGGAGAGAAGACCAUCACUUGCCAGCACAAUAACCAGUGGUCUGGCAAUAAACCCAGUUGUAUAUUUUCAUGUUUCUUCAACUUCACGGCUCCGUCUGGGACUGUGUUGUCACCGAACUACCCAGAGGAGUACGGGAACAACCUGAACUGUGUGUGGCUGAUUAUCUCUGAGCCGGGUAGCCGUAUUCAUCUCCUGUUCUCUGACUUUGACCUGGAGCCACAGUUCGACUGGUUGGUGAUCAAAGAUGAAGGCCUGUCUGAGCCAACAACCUUUGGGACGUUCUCGGGAAAAGAUGUCCCAUCCCAGAUCGCCUCGAAUGGACACAUCAUGAGACUGGAAUUUCAAUCUGAUCAUUCCAAUACUGGAAAAGGAUUCAAUAUCAGCUACACAACAUUUGGACAGAAUGAAUGCCAUGACCCAGGAGUUCCUGUCAAUGGUCAAAGGUAUGGUGACCAAUUCCAGCUCGGCAGCUCUGUGGCUUUCCGCUGCGAUCAAGGAUUCAUUAGGACACAGGGGUCUGAUCAGGUCACUUGCAUCAUCCAGGAUGGAAAUGUCGUUUGGUCGGCGGCUGUACCUCGCUGUGAAGCUCCGUGUGGAGGACACCUCACAGCUCAUACUGGUGUUCUUCUGUCGCCGGGUUGGCCCUCAUUUUACAAAGACUCUCUGAACUGCCAGUGGGUGAUUGAAGCGCAGCCAGACCACGCUGUGAAAAUACACUUUGACAGGUUCCAGACUGAGGUUAAUUAUGACACACUGGAAAUCCGGGACGGCCCCUCGGUCUCUUCUCCCCUCGUCGGUGAAUAUCACGGCACCCAAGCGCCUCAUUUCCUGAUUUCCACAUCCAACGUCCUGUUCCUGUUGUUCACGACAGACAACAGCCGCUCUGCAGCGGGCUUCAGCAUCCGAUAUGAAAGUGUGAAAAUGGAGUCAGACUCUUGUCUUGAUCCUGGUAUUCCAGUCAACGGUCGUCGCCAUGGCACGAGCUUUUUUAUCGGCUCCCGUGUCUCAUUUACAUGUGAUCUGGGAUACACACUAAGUGAUCAGGAGCCAAUUGUUUGCGAGCACAAUCAUCAGUGGAGUCACGCUCUUCCCAGCUGUGAUGCCCUUUGUGGAGGUUAUGUUUAUGGUAAAACGGGAACAAUUCUGUCCCCUGGCUUUCCUGACUUUUACCCCAACUCUCUUAACUGCACCUGGACUAUAGAGGUGUCUCAUGGCAAAGGAGUCCAUCUGGUUUUCCACACAUUCCAUCUGGAGGAGAACCAUGACUACCUUUCCAUCACUGAGGACAGCAACUUCCAGGUUCCAGUAGCUCGACUCACCGGCUCAGUGCUGCCCCCUAGUGUCAGAGCGGGGCUCUAUGGAAACUUCAGCGCCCAGCUACGUUUCAUAUCCGAUUUUUCCAUGAGUUAUGAAGGAUUUAAUUUGACUUUUUCUGAAUACGACUUAGAGCCAUGUGAGGAUCCUGGCGUACCGGCGUACAGCAGGAGGAUGGGAUUUAGGUUCCGAGUCGGCGACUCGUUGGCCUUCACUUGUUUCACUGGCUACCGACUGGAGGGGGAGAGCAAGAUCACCUGUUUGGGAGGAGGCAGACGAGUCUGGAGUAACAUACUACCCAGAUGUAUAGCGGAGUGUGGAGCUUCAUCAGAAGGACCAGAAGGCGUACUGCUCUCUCCGAACUUCCCCUCCAACUACGAUAACAACCACGAGUGCAUCUACCACAUCACCACAGGAAAGGGCAAAGGAAUCAGGCUGAAAGCUGAGAGCUUCUCAUUGCAAGACGGAGACUAUCUCAAGGUGUAUGAUGGAGAAAAUACUUCUUCCCGUCUCCUUGGCAACUUUACCAAUGAUAACAUGAUGGGUCCUGUCAUCAAUAGUACAUCCAAUCGCCUCUGGCUUGAGUUCAACAGCAACGCCUCUGGAACCAAUCAAGGCUUUCGCCUCACAUACACAAGUUUUGACCUGGUACGCUGCGAGGAACCAGGUGUCCCUAGUUAUGGCUAUAAGAUCCAAGACGACGGCCAUUAUGCCAACACCUUUGUCCUGUACUCCUGCAACCCCGGAUACAGUCUCCAUGGCACCAGUACCCUGACUUGUCUUAGCGGGGACAGACGUGUCUGGGACAAACCGCUUCCUUCCUGUAUCGCGGAGUGCGGGGGUCACCUGACUGGAGCGGUGUCUGGACGGAUUCUGUCUCCAGGAUAUCCGGCUCCGUACGAAAACAACCUCCACUGUACCUGGACUAUAGAGGCUGACACGGGCAAAACCAUCAGUCUGCACUUCAUCGUCUUUGACACUGAGGUUGGCCACGACAUUCUGAGAGUUUGGGACGGUCCAUCUGGACCAUCAGACGGGGGCAUCCUGUUGAAAGAAUGGUCAGGCCCAGCCUUACCUGAAGAUAUCCACUCAACGUUCAACAUACUCACUCUGCAGUUUGAUUCGGAUUAUUUUAUCAGCAAGCAAGGCUUUUCCAUACAGUUUUCCACGACCACAGCAACGACGUGCAAUGACCCGGGCAUCCCUGUAAACGGUUCUCGAUAUGGCGACACUAAGGAGCCUGGUGACAGUAUGACCUUCCAGUGUGAUCCAGGCUACCAGUUGCAAGGUCUGGACACCAUCACAUGUGUAAGACUGGAUAACAGAUUCUACUGGCAACCUGACCCGCCGACGUGUGUAGCAAUGUGUGGGGGCAACGUCAGCGGUCCUUCAGGAGUAAUUCUGUCUCCUAACUACCCCCAGCCUUACCCCGCUGGGAAAGAGUGUGAUUGGAGAAUCAGAGUCAACCCCGACUUUGUCAUUGCUCUCAUCUUCAAAAGUUUCAACAUGGAGCCAAGUUACGACUUCCUGCACAUCUACGAGGGGGAAGACUCUAAUGGGCCGUUACUCGCAAGUCUCCAAGGCAACCAGGCCCCAGAGCGCAUAGAGAGCAGUGGUAACAGUCUCUUCUUGGCAUUCAGAUCUGAUGCCUCACUGGGCAUGUCUGGGUUUGCCAUCGAAUAUAGAGAAAAACCAAGAGAAGCCUGUUUUGACCCUGGUAACAUUAUGAACGCAAGUCGAACAGGAUACGACUAUAAACUGGGAUCUCAGGUCUCCUACAACUGUCACCAUGGCUACACAACUAUGGGCGGAGAUACCAUCACCUGUGUAAUGGGGAAUGAUGGGAAGCCGGUGUGGGACCAGGCUCUACCAUCAUGUAAAGCUCCAUGCGGAGGACAUUAUGGUGGAUCGGAAGGAGUUGUUUUGUCUCCAAACUAUCCUCUUAACUACACUACAAGACAGACCUGCUCCUACUUCAUCACUGUGUCCACACAGUUUGUGGUAUUUGGUCAGUUUGCUGUUUUCCAGACAGCAAUGAAUGACUCCGUGGAGCUGUUUGAUGGUGCCAAUGAGAAUGCUCGAUUGCUCAGCUCUCUGGCUGGGUCACAUUCCGGAGAGACAUUGCCACUGGCUACUUCCAAUCAGAUUAUGCUGCGGUUCAAUGCUAAGAGUGGACAAUCAGCGAGAGGCUUUCACUUUGUCUACCAAGCUGUGCCUCGCACCAGUGACAGUCAGUGCAGUUCAGUGCCGGAGCCUCGGUACGGUCGGCGGAUCGGUUCGGAGUUCUCCACUGGCUCCGUGGUCCGGUUCGAGUGCAGUCCAGGGUACCUACUGAAAGGAUCCAGUGCUAUCUGGUGCCAGGCCGUGCCAGGUGCCCUCGCACAGUGGAACGCAACAACACCAUCCUGUUUAGUUCCCUGCAGUGGCAAUCUGACUGAACGGCGCGGUACAAUACUGUCUCCGGCCUAUCCUGAGCCCUACCCAAACAGUCUCAACUGUCUGUGGAGGAUACAUGUCAGUGAAGGGGCUGGGAUACAGAUCCAAGUGAUGACGUUUGCUACUGAGCACAACUGGGACUCUCUGGAGAUCUACGAUGGAGGAGACAUGACAGCUCCUAAAUUAGGGUCAUUUUCUGGAACUACUGCUCCCGCCCUCCUCAACUCAACGUCCAAUCAGCUCCUUCUGCACUUUCAGAGUGACAUCAGUGUGGUGGCAGCAGGUUUUCACCUAGAAUACAAGACUGUUGGUCUCACCACUUGUCCCGAGCCAAUGAUACCAGCCAAUGGCAUUAAAGCAGGUGACAGAUAUAUGGUGAAUGAGGUGGUGGCCUUCAGCUGUGAACCAGGGUACACAUUACAGGGCCACUCUCACAUUUCAUGUAUGCCUGGAACUGUGCGUCGAUGGAAUUACCCGCCUCCUCUCUGCAUAGCUCGUUGCGGUGGGGUGUUGUCUGAGAUGAGUGGUGUCGUCCUCAGUCCAGGUUUCCCUGGCAACUACCCUGGAAACCUGGACUGCACCUGGCAAAUCACCCUGCCAACUGGAUAUGGAGCCCAUGUUCAGUUCCAAAACUUCUCUUCUGAAGACAACCAUGACUUCCUGGAGGUCAGGGCUGGACCACAGCACAGCUCUGCUCUUAUUGGACAGUAUACUGGCUCGCAGAUGCCACCACCCUUGCUGAGCACCACCCACCUCACGAUCAUCCACUUCUACAGUGACCACUCAGAGAACAGGCCCGGGUUCAAACUGACCUAUCAGGCCUAUCAACUUCAAAACUGCCAGGACCCCUUUCCUUUCCCUAACGGAGAUAUCAUCAACAGUGACUUCAGUGCUGGCCAAUUAGUAACUUUUCACUGCUACCCAGGUUAUGUUUUGAUCGGACACCCAGUGCUAACAUGCCUGCAUGGGACCAACCGGAAGUGGAACCACCCAUUCCCACGCUGUGAGGCUCCUUGUGGCUAUAAUGUCACAGCUGAAAACGGGACAAUCUAUUCACCUCAGUAUCCCAAUGAAUACCCCAACUCACAAGAUUGCAGCUGGCUCAUCACCGUUCCACAUGGACAUGGAGUUUAUAUAAACUUUACCUUAUUGCAGACAGAGCCUGUCACUGAUUACAUCGCUGUCUGGGACGGCCCAGAUACGUCCAGUCCUCAACUGGGAGUGUUCAGUGGAAACACGGCAUUAGAGUCGGCCUACAGCACCAGCCCCAAGGUCCGGAUCUGCUUUCACUCUGACUUCUCAACCGGAGGAUUCUUCAUUCUCAACUUUCAUGCCUACCGUCUGAAGAAAUGUCCUGCUCCCCCUGUUGUGGAGAAUGCCGAGCUGAUCUAUGAAGAUGAAGACUUCCAGAUAGGGGAUAUUGUGAAGUACCGCUGUUUGCCUGGAUACACAUUGGUCGGAAAGGCGGAGCUGAUGUGUAGACUCAAUUCCCAUUUGCUUUUUGAAGCCCCGGCCCCCACAUGUCAAGCCCAGUGCCCAGCCAAUGAGGAGCGGCCAUUGUCAUCAGGAGUGAUACUGAGCCCCGGGUUCCCUAGUAACUAUCCCAACAGCCAGACAUGCUCCUGGCUUUUACAUAUUCUUCCAGGUUACACCAUCAACAUCUAUGUAGAGAUGUUCCACAGCGAGAAACAGUUUGAUGAACUGGAGAUUUUUGAUGGAUCCUCAGGGCAGAGCCCUUUGCUUGUCGCUCUAAGUGGUAAUCACUCAUCUCAGCUGAACUUCACAUCGAAAACAAACCAGCUCUACCUGCGAUGGUCCACGGACCAUGCAACCAACAAGAGAGGAUUCAAGAUACGAUACUCAGCUGCCUACUGUAGCAUCAAUGAUCCUCCGGUGAAUGGUGGUGUUAUCAACCGAACCAGACUCCGGCCAGGUAGCAGACUUCAGUUCUUCUGUAACCGUGGUUACCGGAUGAUAGGCUCAAGCAAUGCCACCUGCCGGCUGCACCCCAACGGGCUCUUCCAGUGGGAUAGUCCACCACCUUUUUGUCAAGCUGUCUCGUGUGGAAUCCCUCAGUCCCCGGGCAAUGGCAGCUUCCAUGCUAACCAGUACACUGUGGGUAGUCAAAUCACCUAUCACUGUAACCAAGGUUUCCACCUGGACCCUAAUGUUCAAAUGACAGCGGUGUGUUUGGAAGAAGGGAGCUGGAGUAAUGCUGCCAUCGCACCCAGAUGCCUACCUAUCCACUGCCCCAGCACAGAUGGCACCUUGUCAGAUCAGAUGACCUCUCGACUGCUCUCUGGCAGUUUGGAAGAGUUUGGUUCUAUGUUAAUGCUGGAAUGCGCGACAGGUUACUAUUUGGGCGUAGGGCAUCGAACUCUUCGCUGCCUUGCCAACGGGACCUGGGAGGGGUCAGAUGACCUAGCUACAUGCAAGAUCAUCACCUGUGGGGAACUUCCUUCUCCACCCUUUGGGAGCAAACUGGGAACAUUGACCACAUUUGGAGCAACUGCGAUCUUUAUGUGCAACCAUGGUUACACACUGGUGGGGUCACAUGUCAGAGAGUGCGGAGCUAACGGGCUGUGGAGUGGUGCAGAGACCAGGUGUCUAGCUGGUCACUGUGACUCUCCAGAUCCAAUAGUCAAUGGGCACAUUAGUGGAGAUGGCUCUAGUUACCGUGACACAGUGGUGUACCAGUGCAUGUUGGGAUAUCGUCUAAUCGGCACAUCAGUCAGGAUCUGUCAGCAAGACCAUCGGUGGUCUGGAACAACACCCGUCUGUGUCCCUAUCACUUGUGGUCACCCCGGCAACCCCGGCAACGGACGGACCAACGGCAGCGAGUUCAACCUCAAUGAUGUUGUCAACUUCACCUGUAACAAGGGUUACGUCCUCAGUGGAAACACUCGGGCUCAGUGCCGCCUCAACGGACAGUGGAGCAGCCCACUACCUGUCUGCAAAGUGGUAAACUGUUCUGACCCCGGCCAUGUGGAGAACGGUGUGCGCCAGUCUGGUCUACGUUACCCAGAGGUCUUCAGCUACGGUGUGACUGUGGCCAUACACUGCAAACGAGGCUUCUACCUACUGGGCUCUGCGCUCCUGUCUUGCCAGCACGAUGGACGGUGGGACCGGCCAAUCCCUCGCUGCCUAGCCAUUUCCUGCGGCGACCCGGGCGUGCCUCCCAAUGCAGUGGUGACUGGAACCCACAGCUGGACCUACAGUUCAGUGCUGCAGUACUCCUGUCUGCCUGGAGGGCUGCUGGUGGGCAACGCUACUCGCCACUGUCAGGAGGACGGCACAUGGAGUGCAUCGCCACCAUACUGCACCGGGGUAAGUCCAGGAAUCUGUGGAGACCCAGGGAUGCCUCCCCAUGGUGCCCGUCUGGGAGGGGAAGAAUUUAAAACCAAGAGCCUGCUGCGUUUCAGCUGCGAGGCGGGAUACAGUCUGAUUGGCUCAGCCGAGAGGACCUGCCUUCACAACGGCACCUGGAGCGGCACACAGCCCGUCUGUCAAGCUGUAUCCUGUGGUAACCCUGGCACCCCGGCACACGGCAGAAUUGUCUUCAGUGACGGCAUCACCUUCGGAAGCUCGGUGGCUUAUGCAUGCUGGGACGGCUUCAAAACAUCAGGUCUGACCACCAGACACUGCACCACCAAUGGGACGUGGACAGGACAACCCCCGGACUGCACAGUGAUAACUUGCGGAGAUCCUGGCCCAGUAGCCAAUGGGAUCUUUUUUGGGAGUGAGUUUGCCUUCAACCACACUGUAACCUACCGCUGUAACCCCGGUCACCUGAUGGAGCCCCCUGGACACAGUGUUCUGCUCUGCACUAAAGAUGGAACCUGGAACCAAACCAAGCCCAGCUGUAAAGUUAUCCAGUGUGGACCUCCUCCUCAAGUACACCAUGGGAAAGUGGAAGGGACCGACCAUUCGUGGGGCUCCAGUGUUAGCUACAGUUGUUUCCAUGGAUACCAGUUGUCAACUUCUGCUGUGUUAUCGUGUGAGGGGAACGGGACAUGGACAGGGGACGUACCAAAGUGUUUACCUGUCCUGUGUGGUGAUUCUGGCACUCCCGGAGGUGGAUUCAGAGAGGGCAACAUCUUUUCUUACAGGUCAGAGGUCAGGUUCUACUGCCACACCCCCUACCUGCUAGUAGGCUCUGCCUCCAGAGUCUGUCAAGCUGAUGGCAUGUGGAGUGGCCAUCAACCAGCAUGUAUAGACCAAGCUUUCAACAACUGUCGGGACCCGGGAACUCCGGCUUAUGGUAUACCGGUCAUGGGUCAGGGUUUUCAGGUUGGCAAUAAGAUUUCAUUCAAGUGCCGCAAGAACUACCACAUCCUCGGCUCCACAACAAGAACGUGCCUAGAAAACCUGACCUGGAGUGGAACACAACCUGAAUGUAUUGCCCAUUCAUGCAGACAGCCAGAGACCCCAAGUAAUGUUGAUGUCCGAUCUAUGGACCUGCCUACUCUGGGAUAUACGCUGAUCUACACCUGUCAAGAUGGUUUCUAUCUGGCCGGGGGAUCAGAGCAUAGAACCUGCAAAAGUGAUGGGAGAUGGUCUGGCAAACCACCGCUCUGUAAAGUUGGAGUAAAGGUCAAUCCCAAAGGCAGAGGAGAUUCAGAUGUCCAGAAGAACAAGAUUCGAGUUCCAGUGGAUGUGUUCUCUCCGAACUCAGAGUGGAGCGGUUUUUAUGAGUAUCUAGGAAAAAGACUGGCUACCACAUUCACAGUAACUGGGUUCAACGCAACCAGUGGCAGAGUCAACGUCACACUGCUGGAAACCAGCGGAGUUUCCAUCAGGCUGUCAGGUACCUACAAGUCAGAGGAGAACCAGCUGCUGUUGAAGGUCUACCAGGUGAAGGGGCCAACAGAGCAUUACUACAGCAAGUUUAAAAAUGACAACUGGGCUAUAGAUGGAUAUGUUACUGCAGAAUCAGAUCAGAGGACGUUUGUCUACCAGGGACAUAUUCACAGUAAAGACUUUGGCAAGUUCCAUCUGACAAGGCAAGGCCCUGUAACCAUGGCGAUGGACCCAUCCAACCCCUACACAAACAGCAGCUCCGUGGCCGCAGCAAUCUUAGUUCCCUUCUUUGCCCUCAUCUUGUCUGGAUUUGCUUUCUACCUCUACAAGCACAGGACAUUGUCUGCUGACACAGAUGACAAUGAGAGACCAAAAGACACCUGGGGGCCUGGUGGCAGGACGCGUCCCAAGGUCCAGUUCAAUGGUUAUGUCGGCCAUGAGAGCACCAAUGGUCAGGCAUCAUUUGAAAACCCAAUGUAUGACACCAACAUGAAGCCUACUGAGGCAAAAGCAGUUAGAUUUGAUACCACUCUCAAUACGGUCUGCACUGUGGUAUAGUCCAACGAACCGGAGACCAUUUAUACAAUGGUUUAGUCCAACCUCUGCGUUGGUCUGCGUGGGUUUUACCAAACAGAAAAGAAAAAAACAAACUAAUGAUUUGGAGUUGUCGCGUGAGCAGUCUGUGUUGUAGCAUGCUGGUCCUUUUGUCAGCACAAUCUGCUCCACCUACUGCCUGAACAACGACAUCAUCCACUUAUCCCUAGAGUCUCGUAGAGCAAAAUAUAAUGAGAACCAACACACAAGGGAAAAGACAACAAUGACAUCAAAUGUGACAGAGUAAUGCUGGGAAGCCUCCUUAAACACUGUUACUGUUGAGGCACUAAGGAAAAACACAGAAAGAUGGUACGGCUUAUCUAACUUCCAUGUGCGAGCACCCCAUUGACCCAGUGCUCAUACGGCGUCAGUUGACUUCUGCAAAAUUUGACCCAACCUCCUUGUGCAAAGGGCUUUGAAUGACCACUCACAUUGUCCCUAAAUCCCCUCCCUGCAAGUUGAAUAACCCCAUACCCCAUGCCAAAUUUUGACAUUGGUACGUGUUGUACAUGCUGCUUACAUCAGCUCCUGUUAAUUUAACUCCCCUGCUGCAGGUGCAAGGUUCUCCCCUCAGGGGAAGUCCAUAGACUAUUUCACACUUCAAUCCCCUCCAGACGUUGCAAAGUAAUACCAUCAUUGGUGCUGGACCAAAAACUCCUUUGCUGGAUUUCCAUCACCACGGACUUGACAGGACUGGACUCUGUGACGUAAUUCCCAGCACCAGAGUCCGUUCUAGUGGAAUCUGAUAUUGUUCAAACAGACAGCUGUAAACCAAAUGCAGCCAAUUCAGUGAAAAGCUCAACCAGAACAAUUCCUUUUCCUAUUGCAAUAGUAUUAUAUUAAAAGUUGGGGUACUAAAAUGAAAACACCUUGUUUUGGGCCUACUUGCAGAACUCAAUGGGUUAGGUCUCGGACGAUAGGAGAGUUAGGUAAGUUGACUUGUCAGUCAACUAUUAAUUAUCAAAUUCCUGUGAUUUUCUUUACCUUCUGCCAUUUACUGUGUUGUCUCUUAUGGCAACGUCUACCUACAGUAUUUGGCAACUUGUUUAGGUUGAAACACAGCAAACGAGGCAUUUGCAAGUGUUACUUUUCCCAGAUUAAGUACAACCACCUGCGUAUGAACCGUGUUGAAUCAGAAGACCAGACAUUUGAGUUGCCUGGUUGGUGUACACAAUGGACUGGUUUCCAGAGACCUGUCCACCACAAUCAAAGCGUCAGACAACUGAUUUUUGUUAUUGGAGUAGCCAGGAUCCUGGGCUUGGUGGCUGAACAAGUGGAGGCCUGGAGGCAAUAAGCUGUCAAGAUCUUCAACUGCUGCAGUCAGCUGUGGCCAAAUCCAGGAAACAAUUUGUCUUCUCAUAUCUCCGUUGGAAUUAUCAGUCGUGAUGACUGAUUUCUUUCUACAGCAUACUCUCCUGCCCCAUAAAUCAGAAAUAGAUGAACAUAUUAACAGACGGACUGGUUGACUGAAAGAAAUUAGACGGACACACACAGACAAAUGGACGGAUCGACAACUCUGUCAAUCCUGCUGGAAAGAAAGACAAGGACAGGUUGCUAUGGAAACUGAGGCAAAUAAUUGUCUCUAUUUGUCUCUUUUGGCAUUUUUCUUCAGUGAAGAUAUUGAUGAACAGACUCUUUGUUCAAAUACCCAGUGGCCCCAUGGUACUUCCCAAACCACUGCUGCUGGGGACCCCAAAAUAUAAACUUUAUAUGAACUCUUAAACCGCACAAAUUUUGCACUAGUGUGUUUUUCUGAGUGGGUUAUGAAAAAAAAGAAUACUUUUUGGGUCUGAAAUGGGUUUGAAAAUGAGUCAUUUAAAAAAGAGAAUUUUAUUCAAAAACUUCUAUCUUUAAAAAGAUGACAAGAUGACUAAAACAGGGUUACGGUGUGUUUGUAUAUACACAUUGAUAUUUCACCUUCCCUGUGAGCAGAACUUGUGACCACAUGCUAUCUCAAUGUUGAUUUUGUUGCCAUGACAACAUGCUAACCAACCAGAAAUUUCAGUUCAGCUAACCUCUGAGCUUCUAGUGUCACAUAAUGACACCAAUUUGUUUUUGCCAUUUUCUAUAACAGCACAGAUUUUUUUUCUGAAAGCUUAUUCUGAAUUCUGUUACUGCUGUCGAAUCUGAUCUGAUGCACAUGAUCAUAUUUCAAAACAACCUUUUGAAGGGCCCACAACUUAUUUCUGUAUGAGAAUUGGUCAUGUUGGAGGACAAACAGAAAUGGUACAAAGACAACAUGCACAAUUAUUGUUGUUGAGAAAUUUCGCUCCCGGAACCAGGCCAUUGUUUGAGAAAUACCUCGUGUGCAGAUAGUGAGAUACAUCCUGCUUAUCAAUGCUUGAAUCCCACUGCAACAAAUGCACAAGCUUAGCCAGUGUGUCCCUGCAUUCAGCUUAUUUCCUGGUGUUUAAAAUCAAAACAUAAUACCAAUGGCCAUGAGUCUGAAGGAUUUAAGAAAGUCCACUAACUUCAUAUCACUUGCCAAGCUUGUUAAUUUUUUGCAGUGUUCUCUCAAAAAAAAAAUAUUUUUUGAAAGAUGCUGCAAUCGGUUUAGAUUUAAUCAGAUUUAACUGCUUUCAGUGUCCUCAGGCAUGUUAUUUUGUUGGUUUCAUUCUCCAUGCACAUUCUGCCACUACGAUUCAUGUGUUAACUUGCACGUUUUUUAUUGUCCAAAUGAAUUUGCAUUUAUGUUCCCCGUCUCAUUCAACCUCAAACCAUCCAUCACACAUUCACAAAUCCAUUCAUCUACACAAAUGAUAUCAACAAACCUGUCUACAAGAUGAAGUUCCCAGAUAACUGCAUUAUGAAUAGUAAUAUACAUUAUUGUGUUUUUCUUAACCAUGCAACACCUGGCCUGCAUACGUACACACAUUUCCCCAAACUCGUUCAAGACGUUUGUGACAAGAUUUCAUCUGACGGGUGGAAUGUACAGUACGUGUAAUCAGAUAAUGAAAACCUCUGACUCACAACUGAUACCAUUUUUUAUUUUGACCAUGUUUCAAGUGACAAAAAUCACAGAGUUAAUUUUCUCCAAAACUGAAAGGGACAUUUGGUAUGAGUCGAUUAUUACAAUCUAUUUAGAAAUAAAUGAAUAGAUUAUGGCGCAAAUUGCAGUUUGCAGUUUGUAUUUUCAUCUUUAGCUCCUUUAAGGAAUCUACGGCUGACCUGGAUUUUGCUAAAUUUCCUGAAACAAUAGUAAAUACGUUUGGAAGCAUGACUAUGAGAUAUUUUUGUUUAAUAAUAUUAAUUGUAAGCUUGUCAUUAGGAAAUUGUCAGGGUCAUGGGCAGAAAGUUAAAAACACAGAGCUAAAUAUUAAAGUUAUGCAUAAGAUAUACAUAUGUCUGCACUGGCUACAACACUGGUAAUAAUUUCAGAGGGCGACGAGCCAGAAGACACGUUCAAAAUGGUCUCACAAAAAUAAACGAGACAUCUGUAAACAACAGCAGAGCAUCUGCUCGCUAGCCUCCUCUCUUUUUAUUGCUGGCGUGCACCCCAGGCUUUAAUUGAUUUAAUUGAUUCAGUUGAGAUUCAGUCAAGUAUGCAAUACAACACAGUGGCUUUAUCUGUUUAUAGCAGAUAAACUGGCACAUACCCUCUCUGCAAUGGGUUCGUCACAUUCGUUACUAUUUGUGAAGAGGUUACAACAUUUGUCCUUCAUUUGUUUAAAGGCCAAGGUUGUCUCAUAUUUUGCAGUUCCUUUUCCCAGGUUAAGACCAUUUCAUGUAUUUCCUCAUCGAAACAUAGGGGCCAUGGUUGCUGCAAGCUUAAAAAAAAUAUCAGCCAAAAUUAAAAAUCUCACAUUUAGUUUUUUCUGAGAGAUGUAUGUAUUAUACACCGAAGAAAACUGCCCUGAACUCCAGUCUCAGUCCCGCGUGGACUGCAGUCCUGUCAUACUUAUGCGGCUUAGCAGCUGUAUGGACCUUAUUUGUAUCUGUGCUCAAAUUGUUUGCCAGAUGGAUGUGUGUGUGUAUGUGUGUGUGUGUGUGUAGUUUGCGUGGGCGAGCGUGCGGGUUGUUUUCUUUCAGGUUCAGUUUGCGGUGUUUUUCAAAAGAAAAUUCAGUAUGCGUGAACUUUUUCUCAAUAGUUUGGAUUGGACAAACUCAAACUUCUCAUGCCUCACAUUAAGCAUCUGGGCUUCAAAGAGAAUCCGCCACCUUCUCUGACUUGAAGGCGAGUUGACUGCAGCCUUGUUUUCGCUCAUCAGCGCAAAGGACAAGUCUUUGUCAUUUCUACUAAUGGCAGCUUGUAGGUUUGGACACCACACGGACGUAUUAUAUUCACAUAUUAUGGUGACAGGAUGCAUUCUCAGCAACACAUAUUGACGCAGUGAGUAAGUUUGCUGCUUUUGAAUGUGUAUCCACAUUUUGGAAUCAUUUACAGUCUAAUUAAAUAUUUGUUCUGCCAACUGGCACAGAUGAACAUGUUUAGAAAUUGCAAAUCCUCACCAGGGAGUUUCCGUCAUUGUCCAUGUUUUUGAGUUGAACAUCACAAUCUCCAUUAUCGCCACAACAUCAUGUGCUGCUGAACUUGAAGUAGUUGCAAAAGAAAAAAGUUUUGUACAGAAAUCUAUUUUUUAUGGAGAAUUUGUAAAAAACAAAAACAGAUUAUUAAACAUGCUGUACUUUUUAUGACCAAUAAUGUAGGUACAACAAAAUCUUGUUCAUUGAAGUCGAUGUUUUUACUGUUAAACACCAUGUAAAAAUCUACGGUUGAAACUGAAUAGCAAAUAUCAACAUGUUAUUUGAUCACUUUUGACCAUUAUGGCUGCUUUUACACAGGAACCCAGAGUCAAUUCUCUUUGUGCUGGAGAGACACUUAUUUCUGAGUGAGACCUGUAAAAAGUUUUGUAUUCACAAUCCAAGACAUUUCAAGUAUACAAAAUGUGUCCGCUCCAACUCUGCUGCAGCUCGGUGCCAGUAGUGUUACUUGUGAACAUUUACAUUCUUAAGUCUCCAUCUAUUGCAAAAUACGGUUUAUCGUUUGCUUUUAAUAUGGCAGCUGUAUUUGCGAGUUGUCUGAGCAUCGAUGAUUUCUUCAAUCAAAACAUGAUACAAACACAUCAUUUACAUUGAACAAAAAAAUAAACACCAGAUUUUAAGUGUGACGAGGUCAUAAAGAGUAUUCAGAAAAGCAGUGUUCUUGUGUAAAAGCAGCUGUGAGUGGCUGAUCCUGGGAGGGGGAAGGCCCCCCCCCCCCCCGUAUGAAGAAGAUUUGACCCCUUAUUGACCCCAAAUCUGAGUUUAAGUGAGUCUAAACAUGGUGAGAUCCGGUCCUCCUUGCUUAGACAUGAUGGGCUUCGAGUGAAAUGAAAUUGUGGUGAAUUUAGGCAUCUUAACAGGAGCAUUAGCAUGUGGGCCAUUUCGAUUGCUCCUAUUUUGAAUGGUAAAACAAGAAUGGUUUGCUAUAAGUUUUGAAUUUAAGGAUGGAAAAUUGCCUUUUUUCUGUCCUCCCAUAAACAACAGAUAACAUGUGAAUGCAGCUUCACAACCUGCUGUUCAAGAGAAUCACAGAUUAUCUAUCAGCUAUUUUGAAAACAUUAUUUGAGAAUAAAGUUUUUGAUACAAUA